UUGGAAAUGUUGGUUGUACUGGAACGUUACUAGGAACGUGAACAAAAUUAGAAAAUAUUUCUUAUUUUCCUUUAGAAAAAUAAUAAAUAAGUGCAAUAAAUAAAUAAUUAUUAACGAAUGUAAUCAAAAGUACGAUUUGCUUAUUUUCUAUUAUAUCCUGGAAGAAUUAAACGGCAAUAAUGACGAGAAUAUUUAUAAAAACAAACCGGAUAAUUUCAACUGUUUUAUCAAAAUAUAAAUUCAGCACUGCAGCCAAAUCUGUAGCGUCAGUGCAAAUAAAAGGGAAAGAAUUCGUGGCCGACGAUUAUACAAAUGUUACGCCUAAAAUAAUAUCGUAUUUGGGCAAGAACCUGCACUUGCAGAAAAAUAACCCUCUAUCGAUAGUGCGGCAGAGGAUUGUGAAUUAUUUCUACUCUUCGUUUACUCACAGAGGUCACCCAGCAUUUAGUGUUUACGACAACUUACCGCCAAUAGUGACUACGAAGCAAAACUUUGAAGAUUUGUUGAUUCCUGCUGACCAUCCUAGCAGGGCGAAGUCUGACUGCUAUUACAUAAACAGAGAUACUCUCCUGAGGGCUCACAUGACUGCACACCAAAGUGAGCUGCUCCGGUCUGGGCUGGACAACUUCCUGAUGAUAGGAGAUGUGUACCGGAGGGAUGAAAUUGACUCCACACAUUUUCCUGUGUUCCAUCAGGUAGACGCAGUCCGUUCACAACGCAGAGAGGAAUUGUUUCCGGACAAACCAGAAUUACAAAUAUUUGAGCCAACAUUUGAUAAGACUAACCCAAAUGCCAACCACAUAAAUGAUCCGAUGAAACAGAGCUGCCAUACUUUAGAAGCUACGAAACUAAUGGAGACACAAUUGAAAUCACAUCUCAUUGGUCUAACACAGGCUCUAUUCGGCCACAAUAUCAAGUACAGAUGGGUUGAUGCAUACUUUCCUUUCACCCACCCAUCGUGGGAGCUAGAAAUAUUCUACGAAAACGAUUGGAUGGAGGUCUUAGGCUGCGGUAUAGUGAGGAACGAGAUCCUAGUGAGCGCAGGACCGUCAAACACUAUAGCGUAUGCCUUCGGACUUGGAUUGGAGAGACUGGCAAUGGCGUUGUACAAAAUCCCAGAUAUAAGGUUAAUGUGGAGUACAGAUUCUGGGUUCUUGACUCAGUUUGAGAAUGUGGAUUUGAAUGCUAGUAUUACGUAUAAGCCUGUAUCAUCUUAUCCGCAAUGUACGAAUGACAUGUCAUUCUGGCUGCCCCCUCAGUAUACUAUUGACACAUUCAUUAGCAAUGACUUCUAUGAUCUAGUGAGAGACAUUGGUGGCGAUAUUAUUGAGCAGGUGAAACUCAAAGACAAAUUCGUCCAUCCGAAGUCUAAGAAGCACAGUUUGUGCUACAGCAUUGUGUACCGGCAUCUAGAACGAACCCUCACGCAAGCGGAGGUCAACCAGGUCCACAAGGAGAUCGAGAAGGCCGUGGUGGAUGCUUACGGAGUAGUUAUUAGAUAAAAUUAUGUUAUUUCUAUAUUAUAAUAUAGUAUGUUGAAUUUUA